AUGUACCAGAAGCCUGCUACAUCCCCCAUUCAGAUUCGGCCUGCGACGGUAUAUAAAGGUGAAGCUGCGGUGGUAUUCUCCAAAGAAGAUGCAGAUAGACUUGCCGCGCCGUUUCGCUGGGCUCUUGUUGGAAAAUUUUUGCAUGGUCGGCCUGCUUUAGAGGAGGUUCGGAAGUUCUUUGCGACACUGAAUUUGAGGGAUCAUGUCUCGGUUGGGCUGAUGGACUACAGGCAUGUGUUGAUCAAAUGUGCAGCGGAGGUAGACUUCAAUAGGAUCUGGACAAGAGGUAUUUGGCAGUUAGGAAAAUUUCCGAUGCGCGUCUUCCGGUGGACAAGGGAGUUUCAUUUGCACAAGGAGUCUUCCCUGGUUCCGACUUGGGUGGCUCUACCAGCUCUACCGAUUCAUUAUUUUGACAAGCACUCAUUGUUCUCAAUUCUUUCUCCCAUCGGCAGGCCUCUCUUCUUGGAUGCGGCAACGGCUGCCGGCACCCGACCGAGUGUGGCUAGGGUGUGCGUGGAAAUUGAUGUUGCCAAGCCAGUUGCUCAGAGGAUUUGGGUGGCCGUCGAAGGAGAGCAAGGAUUCUGGCAGAGCAUUGUCGCGGAUUUGCCGGCGUAUUACUUUUUCUGCUGGCGAGUGGGUCACUCCAAUGAAGAGUGCAAGACGAAUUCUUCUGAGUUCGCAGUUCGGCACCAGCAAAAUCGAAUCGCGAGAAGGCAGGACCAGCAGGUGGUUGGCCAGGUGCGAAGGACUAUCCUGGCUAAGGACACUGAAGCUAUGCAGGCGGCUGUAGGAGCACCAGCUGCAGCAGAGGGGAACCAGUCUCUUGGGCCUGGUGUGCGAGCUGUUACAGAAGCCGUACCUCAGCAGGGCAGUGCGUCUAGGAGUUGCGCAAUGGACAUUGUAGCGGCUGGGGUGGAGGGGCAUUGCGUCGGUGUGACCUGCGAAGGCAGUGGUCGUGUGGCAGAUUGUGAGGGGGUGGAGGGAGUUUUGGAAGGGCGGGAAGAAGGGGUUGCUGCAACAACAGAUGGGCCGCGUCAGGAGGAGCAGCAAGUCCUCUCGGCGCUAUCUUUGGGGGCUGGGCAUCAGCCCCAAGCUGAGGGGCAGCAGUGUCUUCUCCACGAAAGGGAUUUGGAGAGCAUGGGUGCCACAUUGAAUAUGGAGGAUGCUAGGUUUGUGGUGAUCUGUGAACCUAAGCUAGAUGUGUCUAAAAUUGUGUCCAUUCGUCUAAAAUUGUCUUUUGAUUGUGUGCUUGUGAAUCGAUCGAAGGAUCUUUGGGUUUUCUAUAGUAGUCCCUUUGUGUGUUCGGUUGUGGGGAAUUCUGAUCAACAUAUCUCUUUGGCUGUUCAACAUCCGCUUUUGCCUAGUUCGGUCACAAUGUCCUUCGUUCAUGCAAAAUGCUCUAGGGAUGAGCGUAGGGACUUAUGGCUAAACCUUUUAGCUGAUAAACCUAGCUCGUCUCCCUGGUGCAUUGGGGGAGAUUUUAAUACCAUUCUGGCACCCCAUGAGAAACGGGGGGGGGGGCGGCCAUUUGGUGUAGCUGAAGGGGUAGAGCUUCUGUCUUUUAUGGAAGAGGCUGGAGUUUUUGAUGUGGGUUUUUCGGGAGCUAGCUUUACAUGGUGUAAUAAUAGGAGAGGCAGGGCUAGAGUCUCGAAGCGGCUGGAUAGGUUUUUAAUUAAUGGGGAUUGUUUGAACUUGUCCACCUCGAUUUCUGUAGUGCAUUUGGCGAGGCACCCUUCAGACCAUGCACCACUGAAGAUUUCAUUUACCUCACGCUUGGAUGAUAAACCACGGCCUUUCCGCUUCCUGAAUGUUUGGACGUCCAAACCACAAGUUUUGGAGGUGAUUCGUAGUGCUUGGGAUCAAGAAGUGAGUGGCUCUCCACUGCGGGUAUUGUGCUCUAAAUUGUUGGCAGCCAGGAGAGCUAUUCAGCACUGGAACAAGCAUUGUUUUGGCAAUGUGUUUGAUGUUGUUCGGGGUGCGGAGGCGACGGUUCAAAGGGCAGAGGAGGCCAUGGAUCACGAUGGGUCGGAGGAGGCACAGCUCGAACUCCACAAGGCGCAAGCGGAGUUACGUCAUGCGCUGUCCGUUGAAGAGCAGUUCUGGAGUCAAAAGGCUCGAGUGAAAUGGCUUCGCAGUGGAGAUCGUAAUACUAGAUUCUUCCAUGCAGUGGUGAGGCAGCGACGGGUUCAAGGUACGAUUCAUAGGAUAAAGGCAGCCAGUGAGGUGUGGGUGGAGUCGGAUGAGGAUAUAGCGAGUGAGGCAAUAGCAUAUUUUUCUGACCUAUUCUCGGGCACGUCAAGACCCGCCUCGGAUAUGUUGUACCUUAUUCCACCGGUGGUCUCAGGUGAGGACAACAGGAUCUUAGAGGAGGCACCUACUAUUGAGGAGGUUCAUCGGGUGGUGAAGGCAAUGGAUGGGGAUAGUGCUGCCGGACAGGAUGGCUUCACAGGCAAAUUCUUUACCUUUGCGUGGGAGGUUAUUGCUCAGGACGUCUAUGCAGCGGUACUAAGUUUCUUUUGUGGGGCAGAACUGCCUCGUUUCAUCACUUCUACCUCGCUUGUGUUGAUUCCUAAGGUAUCUAGUCCUCAGGAUUUCUCUAAAUUUAGACCGAUUAGCCUAUGCAAUUUUUUCAACAAGUUAUUAUCUCGAAUUUUGGCUGAUCGAUUGGCGGGCAUCUUGCCAAAGCUUAUCUCCCCUCAGCAGACAGGUUUUGUUAAGGGCCGCAAUAUAACAGAGAAUUAUUUGCUUGCUCAGGAAGUGGUUUCGGGAAUUGGGAAAAAAGUUAGGGGUGGAAACGUAGUGUUGAAGCUGGACAUGGCUAAAGCUUAUGACAGGGUGUCAUGGUUGCAUAUCAUUGGAGUCUUACGAAGGUUUGGGUUUGGGGAGCAGUUUAUAGAUCUGGUGUGGCGGCUAUUGUCGAAUGUUUGGUUUUCGGUAAUAAUUAAUGGCUCUUCAUAUGGUUUCUUCAAAUCUACGAGAGGGCUCCGCCAGGGGGACCCGUUGUCGCCGGCUUUGUUUAUUAUAGGGGCUGAGGUUCUGUCGAGGGGCUUAAACAACCUUGCGUUGCAGCUGGGUUUCUUGGGGUUCAGAGUUCCGUACGGGUGCCCCCCAGUAACGCAUUUGGCAUUUGCGGAUGAUGUUCUUAUAUUUGGGAAUGGGUCUGUUUCCUCCUUAAAGGACAUCAUGCAGGUGCUGGAAGGCUAUCAAGAAUGUUCGGGUCAGCUGAUAAAUGCUCAGAAAAGUGGGUACUUGGUUCAUCCUGCUUUGGCGCCGGCCAGAAGAAGAGUGAUUGAGCACGUCACGGGGUUUGUCUGGCAGGCUUUUCCCAUACGCUAUUUGGGAUUUCCGUUAUAUUUUGGGAGGUGUAAGUCGUCAUACUUUGGGGAGGUGUGUCAGGCAAUCUUGCAGAGGAUUUUGUCGUGGAAAUCAAAGCUAUUAUCUGCAGGAGGUAAGAUCGUUCUAAUCAGGCAUGUGUUGUCCGCAAUCCCAGUCCAUUUACUAUCGGCUGCUGUGCUCCCUUGCUCGGUGUUCGGCAUUCUAGAGAAGGCUUGCUCAAACUUUCUAUGGGGUUCAUCUCCUGACGAAACAAAGUUUCAUUGGAUUCGGUGGUCUCAGUUGUGUUUCCCGGUAGAGGAGGGCGGGCUGGGGUUUCGGAGGCUUGAAGACGUCUAUACAGCCUUCUCUUGUAAAUUAUGGUGGACCUUUCGAACAGGGAGGUCGGUAUGGGCGGCAUUCCUGCGCGCAAAAUAUUGUAGAGGACUUCACCCCUGCCAAGCACAAUUGACGCUGAUUGCGUCGCCGGUCUGGCGACGGAUGAUGAACGUAAGCCGACAGGUCGAGCUCUCUAUGUUAUGGCUAGUAAAUGAUGGGUCUUGCCAUUUUUGGUACGACAAUUGGUUGGGUAGUGGUGCCUUGUACCUUCGCGCACCAGUCAUCCCGCAUCUCUCGUUUCUUAGCAGUAUCAAAAAUGGGGCUUGGGAUGUGAGUUUUUUAUCUCACCUUUUGCCUAGUGACAUUGUGACUUCUAUCCUACACCACCCGGUUCCAGCGGGAGGAUGCGCAGAUGAAGUAAUUUGGAUGCCCACACAGUCUGGAAAAUUCACCUUGGCGUCAGCUUUCCAUGACGUCAGGCAGUCCCGUAAUACGUCUGUGGUCCUCUCUCGAGUUUGGCACCCUCGACUCCCAUUGAAAGUGUCUUUCUUUAUGCUCCGCUUGCUGAUGGGAAGGGUGCCACUGCCAGAUAUGCUACGCCGCCUAGGUUUUCACUUGCCAUCGAAAUGCCCUUGCUGCCCAGGGGCAGUUGAGGAAUCUCUUGAGCAUGUUUUUGCCGGGGGUCACAUAGCUUUGGACAUCUGGAACUAUUUUGGUGGCUGGUGUGGUGUUAGGAGCUCUGGAUCCUCCCUGCGUGCUCGCAUAGUUGAAUGGUGGUUGCGGUCGCAGCAGUCUGCAACACGGCAGUUCAUUUGUUUAAUCCUUCCCAGUCUCAUCUGCUGA